AUGUUAUUUCGUUCUCUAAAUGCACUUAGAAUUUACUCAAAAUCAUUUAUUUCAACUACUCCAAGAAUUUUUUCCCAAUCUGAUUUACCAGAACUUCAAAAAACUUUAGAGGCAGAUGAUGAUUGUAUCAUUCUAGAUAAAAACCCAUAUGCUAAAGAAAAAAAAAAGUGUAUAUUGUGUGAACAUAAUAUUGAAUUAGAUUACAAAAAUGCUAGACUUCUCCAACAAUUUGUAUCAAGUUUUUCUGGGCGUGUUUAUGAUAAACAUGUUACAGGAUUAUGUGAUCAUCAACAUAAAAGACUUAUUGAAAUGAUAACAAUUAGUAGAAGAGCUGGUUAUAUGCCUAUUUUUGUCAAAGAUCCAAGAUACCUUAAAGAUCCAAAACUUUUUAAUGCAUUCAAACCAAUAAGAAGUCACUCAUAUGCUUAA